AUGGCUUAUAUGAGUCGACGUCUUAUUGCUAUGGCACUCAUUACUUUAGGAAAUGCGCAAAGUCCUGGUACUCUGACACCAGAAACUCAGCCGAAAUUCAAUAUACAGCAAUGUACUGCUGCCGGAUGUACUAGUGUACCCGGUACAUUGACUGUAGACGCUAACUGGAGAUGGUUCCACACGUCUAAUGGCUCGACAGGCUGUUACAAUGGAAAUAAAUGGGAUGCAACUUUAUGUCCAGAUGGCAAGACGUGUGUCAAGAACUGUGUGCUUGAAGGUGCUGAUUAUACUGGUUCCUAUGGCAUUACGUCUGACGGAAACGCCGUUACGUUGUCGUACGUGACUGCCGGCAAAUACGCGAUGAACAUUGGCUCUCGCUUGUUCCUUUUGGCUUCAGAUACGAAGUACAGAAUGUUCAAUGUUUUGGGAAAGGAGCUCAGCUUCGACGUUGAAUUAUCCAGCCUUGGUUGUGGUUUGAAUGGUGCUUUGUACUUCUCGGCUAUGGAUGAAGAUGGUGGCGUUGCCAAAUACCCUACAAACACUGCUGGUGCUAAGUACGGAACCGGCUAUUGUGAUGCCCAGUGUCCCCGAGACGUAAAAUUCAUCAACGGCGAGGCCAAUGUUGGAAAUUGGACACCCUCCACCGUUGAUAUGAACGCCGGAACUGGCCAGUAUGGAACAUGCUGUGCCGAAAUGGAUAUAUGGGAGGCGAACUCCAUUUCUUCAGCAUAUACACCACACGUCUGUAGCGUCACCAAUCAGACUCGUUGUGCUCAAGGUGCUGAAUGUGGUGAUGGUGCUGACCGAUACAACGGGUUAUGUGACAAGGACGGGUGUGACUUGAACACUUACCGUAUGGGUCAACCAGGCUUUUAUGGACCUGGUGCUACUGGCGGUAUUGAUACGACGACCAAAUUCACAGUGGUGACCCAAUUCAUCACAUCCGAUGGUACACCAGCCGGAACCCUAACUGAAAUAAAGAGAAAGUACAUUCAGAAUGGGAAAGUAAUCGAAACCCCAAGCACCAAUGUCACUGGAAUGCCAGCCUACCAGUCCGUUACCGAUAAAUUCUGUAACGACCAAAAGACUGCAUUUAACGAUACCAAUGCAUUUGGAAAAAUGGGUGGACUUGCUGCAAUGGGUCAGGCCAUGCAAAAGGGCAUGGUCUUGGUUAUUUCUCUAUGGACUGACAAUGCCGCAAAUAUGUUGUGGCUUGAUAGUAGCUACCCGCCGACCAAGAGCCCAGGUUCUCCUGGUGUAACUCGAGGCACAUGCUCUCCACAAUCUGGUGUACCGGGAGAUAUUCAGAAUCAAAUGCCGAAUGCCAAGGUUACAUUUAGCAAUGUGAAGAUUGGUGAUCUUGGUACUACUACUCAAGCUGGUGCAAACCCGGCUGGUGCGACCAUUGCACCGGUGCCUAAAUGA